AUGGUCGAAGGAGGGGUGGCCAUUGUUAAGUACCUACUAUUCCUUUCUAAUUUGAUCUUAUGGACUGGCGGCCUUGGACUCAUCAUUCUUGGGUCGGUGCUGCAGUUGAAGUUCGCCGGUGUGUUGGAUAUAUUAGGUGAUGAGCGGUUAGCAACGCCGGUGAUGCUACUCGCCUUCGGUUCAUUAUGCACUCUACUCGGAUUUCUUGGUUGUUGUGGUGCAAUUCGAGAAAAUUAUUGCCUUACCGUAUCGUUUGCCGUUUUGCUCGCAUUGGUUAUCAUGCUCGAAACGGCUGCCGUAAUCACAGCGUAUGCGUUGCAUGAGGACCUUCGAAGUGGAUUGUCCAUACAAUUGCAGAUGGGACUCUCUCGCUAUAAUCGCAGUAGCGGCGUUCAAAUGGCAUGGGACCAAACGCAGCAAACCCUUUCCUGCUGCGGAGUUGCGAAUUCUAGUGACUGGUCAUCGCUCGGAGCUAUUCCGGAUUCCUGCUGCAUUGAAACCAGCUCUGGUUGUGCCAGGGAACUAGCGCCACUUCAUCCAGGAGGAUGUAUGGAGAAAGUUGAGAACUGGAUCCUGAUCAAUGCGGCUCUGGUGGGCGGCGCGUCGGCGGUUUUGGCCGGUCUUCAAGUGGUCGGUGUCUGUUUUGCUUGUUGUCUGUCGAAGAGUAUUCUCAAGGAUUUCCAUGACUUCUACUAUUAA